AUGAUCGAUAUGGCCGACAAUGCUGAAGAAGAGUUCGGGAGAGUCCCUUCAGAAGAGCUUUCGGAGGAUACCGAAAUGCUUGAUAUUUCCGAACCCUGUGGUAGAGACCGGCUGCAGUAUGGGCCUCGUGUAAUCAUACCCGUCCAACCUGGCGAAGACGUCCACAUGGCACAAGAUCCGCACCCUGAACCUACUCAAAGCAUAGAGCAAGACCCCCGGGAGCAGCGCCUACCAAAAUUCGUCAUUGCUGUCGAUUUUGGGACUACAUUUUCCUCUGUGGCGUUCGUACGUCUUGAACCUGAAGCUGCAACUCAACUAGUUGGAAUCGAGUCCAUCAAGUGCAUCGACAACUUCCCCGGAAUGCUACCCGGCCCACCUAUCGACGCCCUCGCCUACCAUCAGACUGUCCCCACGGAGCUCAUGUGUUAUACGCAGAAAGACAAGGCGACGUCUGAAAAUCAACCCGAAUCAGACUUUUCGGAUCAUGAAUCUCGUUGCUCUUUGGACGAAGAAUGGGCCUCGUCUUCACCUGACGACUCUGAUCAAGAGAAGGAGGAGGCAGAGUUGACAACUGCUCAAGCCAGAGAGAUCCUAGUCAGGAUUUCGAAUUGGGGAUGGGGCGUCCACUCCCGAUUGAUGAAGCCGCAAACCAUAACUGCAGAUCUAGCGCACUUGAACAACUUCAAACUGCUACUGGAUGACAGCACUGCCACAAGGGAUCUUCGGAGAAGAAGCGCUCGGGUCAUGAACAUGCUGAAGCCUGCCAAGGUAGUAGAUGUCAUCGCCGAGUACCUUGGACAGUUGCUCAAGCAUACGAAAACAAGGCUGACGGUCACUCAUGACCUCCGCAGCGAUAGUCCCGUGGAAUUUGUGUUAUGCGUGCCUAAUUCCUGGACAGACACGGCGGGUCGCGUUAUGCAAGACGCCUUGACAAAGGCCGCCCAGAUGUCCUGGUUUAUACGUCCCGAGGAAGAUACGAUCAGAGACUUAUUCUUCGUGGCGGAGUCGGAGGCUGCGGCAGCUUACGCACUCGAAGAUCGUGACUUUUUGUCUAGAAUGACAACGGACGAGUCCUUAUUGCUUCUGGACUGUGGCGGCGGCACAGUCGAUGCUGUCACCUACACAUUGACCCAGACCAACCCGACUCGGCUGAGAGAAGUGGUCAAGCCCGAUGGAGCUUGCUGCGGUUCCAGCUUCCUGAAUGAAAAGUUCAAGACUCUACUGCAGCAACGGCUUGGACAUGCCAUAAUCAGGGGCAACGACACGCCACUGGAGGAUGUCAUCGCCAAAUUGGUCCAGGAAUUUGAAAGUGACAAGAGAAAGAUCAAUAUACUCGACAAGAAAGCCAACUUUGAGCCGCUCUAUGUUCAAGGCCUCGAAUUAAAUAAGGAGCGGCGGUUUCGGAGGAAUAAAAUGGAUCUCAAAUGGAACGAGAUGUAUGAAGUCUUCAAAGACUGCAUCCGGGGCGUCGCAGAUCUGAUGUUGAAACAACUCAAUGCAGCCAAAGAAAAAGGGGUCAACGUCCAAACGGUCAUUGUGAUUGGGGGCUUUGGAGAGUCGCCGUCGCUGACCAAUCAUCUCAAGAAGGUACUGAGGAGGGAGAGGAACCAUCUCGGUCAGCCGAUAGAUCUUGAGCUAUCCCGUCACGUCCAGUCGGCUGUCGCGCGCGGCGCCGUAUUGCGGGCCUUGAGAAAAGAGGACGGGCCUGAGAGGUUUACCAGGUCGAGUUACGGGAUCCUUCGAUCAGAGCGCUAUAACGAAGAGGACCUGAAGCACCGGAAGUUCAGAGUCACCCGUUCCCCGGCCGAUGGAGAAUUGUACAUCAUGGACACGAUUUUUUGGGUUAUCGAAAAGGACACUCUUGUGGCGACCAAGUCUGAAAAGUCAUACCCGUCGAGGCACAUCUUCAAAGUCUCGGAACCGAAGUUCUUAUGCGAAGAAGUUCUCUAUGUUUCUUCGAGCAAGCAUCCGUCUGGGUACAAAAUCGGACACAAGGCGAACAAAGGCGCACGAGAGGCAGGGAGAAUUCUGGCCGACCUCACUUUCCUGAAGACAGAGAAUCGCAUCCGGCCGAAAACCGAGACGAAUGAUCAGGGGAAAUCCUACGCAUACUACGAGAUUGUAUACGAUCUCUGGCUCAUCGUUGAGGGGCGGAAUCUGAAGUUCGAGGCCCGGUCACCGCUCGACGGGGCAAAAGUCACAGAUUCCAAGGAGUUCUGCAUUGCCGCCGGUUUCGUUCCGGGUACAGCAUAG